AUGUCUGAGACUAUGCAGCGUUCCCUCGAGGAAUUGGACUAUGUCUUCGGUGUGCCGACUCGAACUCACGCCAAGUAUCAGCUCACUAAGGUUCUUCCCUGGUGGAUAAAGCGAUACAUCUUCAUGCACAAGGACGCGGUCUGUCCAGAGCUCUACCAUAUUGCGCCUGAGUAUGGCCCCGACGCAACCUUUGAGCUCACUACUCGGGCUGAGAAAAGUGACAAGACCGACGAAGCUGAGCCUCACGUGGAGAUUGCUUGA